CCAAACAAGCAGCUCAGAUAAGGCGAACAUGAGGCCCUCGUCCUCACUGCUUGCAUAUCAGCAUCCUCAUCCUCCUUUACUCGCUCUUCUCCCACUCCAUACCAGCAGAGGCCGAUGCCUCUCCCUUAUCCCCAAGGCCGAGCCGAAGGACGACAAGGCGGUGACCGACUCCGAGGACAUCCCUGUCUCCGAUCCCAAGAAGCCCAGUGAAAGCGGGUCGGGGUUUGGUACUCUCAAGGAAUCCAAGAAGAAACGGAAAGGCAAUGAGAAGAGGUCGGUGAUCCGGAGGUCUCCCAUCGAGCGGCCCCCUUCUGUAUACCAGGCCUCUGGAAAUACUAGCUCGUCUUCCAACCAGGAGCCUAGCGUGAGCGUGAAUGAGGGGGCUUUCAUUCUCACCUGGCUAAGUUUGGGAUUUCUCAUCCUCGUUGAAGGCAUCGCUUUGGCGGCUUCAGGAAUUAUAUAAAUGGACUGUGUAAGCUUAUCCCGAGGCAAUGAAGGGUUAUAAAAGAAAACUGGUUACUUGGAGAAAGGGCAUAAAUAUUCUAGAGAUUGUUGGCAUGGGCGUAAGGCUAGGAAGAGGGUUCCUCUCAGUGUUCAUGUUAGCAUUGGUGUGAGUUUUCAUCUUUCUUUCACUUAUGAAUCUCAGUAGUUCGUGGAUUGAUUUUUUGGUUGAAGUUCUAUUACUGCUUGUGGUUUGGUGAUUGAACUUAAUCUUUGUCUUUGAGAAUAUUAGUAUUCAUUUGUAGCUUUGAGAAUUAUUUUUUGAAUGAAUAUAAUGAAACUUGUUGCUGGUGAAUUGUUGACCAGAUCAGUAGAUCUAUGUUGAUAAUUAGUGAGAUGUGUUACUUGAGUUUCAGAUCUAUUAUAUUUAAGUAGAUAACACAAUGAAAGCACCAAUGUAAUAGAUCUAAAGCUCAAGUAAUAAAUCUCACUAAUUAUCAACACAUCUACAGAUCUGGUCAGCAAUUCACCAGCAAACAAGCUCCAUUAUAUCAAUUCAAGAAUAAUUUUCAAAGCUACAAAUGAAUAUUAAUAUUCUUAAAGACAGAUUAAGUUCAAUCAAUAAACCACAAGCAAUUUCACCCGGGAUUCCUAUACUAUUCUCAUAUCGUCAUAUAUAUCUAGCA